AUGAUGCAUCCACAAGCUCCACUCUUCAAAAGCGUUACUAUUCAGAUACUUGGGAAUGGCAAUGAGACUGCCAGGGAUAUUCGAACGACACAGGCAUUCUGGGACCAUAUCAUAGAGAAGCGUAACGCUUCCGGUCCAAUGCCGCCUACCCGAUCCUGUGUCGAUAAGUUCUACCAUCCUGACCAAUCCCGAAGCACCAGGACCACCCAGGGAUACUUCCGCAGCGACGACCCCGCCUACUUCGAUGCGGCGUUCUUCACUAUCACUGCCCAUGAUGCAGCCCGUAUGGACUCACAGCAGCGACUUUUGCUGGAAGUUGUUUGGGAAUGUCUGGAGAGUGCAGGACAGACAUCGUGGGAAGGAACAGAUAUUGGCUGUUUUGCUGGGACGUUCGGAGAGGAUUGGUUGGAUAUAAGCCAUAAGGAUCCUCAGCACAUCGAUAAAUAUCACGUUCUGGGAACAGGGGCAUUCGCUUUGUCCAAUCUUGUUUCCUAUGUUAAUGACUUCCUUAAUGGUGUCACCUACGUGCUGUAG